AGCACGUGGAGUGGUAACCGCGGGGUGAGCCUCCGAUGCGCCGGUGAACCGACCCGCCUCUGCCCCCUUCUUUACUCCAGAGACCCGCGCCUAGGCCACCCGCGCCACGGCGUCAACGUGUGGUGGGACUCCGAGUGCGAGGGCAGUGACUUUGCACCUUGGAAGUAGCCAACCCCAAGCUGGGAUUAUCCACUCCACUCCUCGUCUGAGGGCCGUGCCACUUGAAGGUUCUCUCCGCCGGUGGGCUCGGCGGACCGCGCGGGAGGGAGCGACGCCAGCGCCACGCACGACGAGAGACGCUGAACCUUAUCCAGUGCUCCAAAGGUCACAUCGUACGUGAAACAGUGGCGGUGGUGGUGCUUUCUUUAAAGAAGGGCCGAUGGAGGAGGGACUCGGAGGCGAGCCGGAAUCGGACUCCAACGCCUCGCGAGACCUCGCCUCAAACGGCGAGGACCGAGGAGCGACGUCGGGCACCCGCGACCCAGCCCGGCUGGAGGAGGAGGAGGAGGAGGAGUCGAACCCCCUGGAUGUCGUCGGUUCGCCGAGUGGCGGUGUGGAGCCCGAUGGCCAGGGCAGCGGCUUCACCAGGAAGGAGUACUUGACGAUGUUGUCCGUGGCCAGCAUCAACUUUAGCUCCAUGAUCUGCUACGCGGUGCUGGCUCCGUUCUUCCCCAAGGAGGCCGCCAAGAAGGGAGCCAGCGACUCGAUCGUGGGCCUCAUAUUCGGCUCGUUCGCGCUCAUGAACCUCCUGUCGUCGCCACUGUUUGGCAAAUACAUCGUCCACAUCGGAUCCAAGUUCAUGUUUCUGUCGGGGAUGCUCGUGUCGGGGACCUGCACGAUCCUGUUUGGACUCCUGGACGAAGGCCCCAGCGGGAGUGUCUACAUCGCCAUGUGCUUCGUCGUGCGCUGCAUGGACGCGCUGGGCUGUGCCGCCUCCACCACAGCGUCCUUCACCAUCCUGGCCGGCACCUUCCCUAACAACAUCGCCACCGUCAUGGGCUUCCUGGAGAUCUUCACGGGCCUGGGCCUGGUUCUCGGUCCCCCCGUGGGCGGCUUCCUGUACGAGCUGUGGGGCUUCAAGUUGCCGUUCCUCGUCAUCGGCACCUUUGUGCUGCUCAUGAUCCCCAUCAACCUCGCCAUCCUGCCGCCGCAAGAUUCGGUGCCGAGCAAUGGCUCGUUUGUGCGGCUCGUGAUGCUGCCGCCCAUCGUCGUCGUCUCGCUGCUCAUCUGCUCCUUGGGCAGCUCGCUCGGAUUCUUCGACCCCACCUUCUCCCUCUUCCUCUCCGAGCAGUUUGACCUGAAGCCCGGGAAGAUCGGCCUGGUGUUCGCGGGGCUCUGCAUCACCUACGCGCUGAGUUCCCCUUUCAUUGGAUACAUCAGUGACAAAAAACCGCAUCUGAGGCGCCGCAUCAUGGCGAUCGGGGCCUUCGUGUCUGGCAUCUGUUUCUGCAUGCUGGGCCCUGUGCCGUUCCUGCACAUCCCCACGCAGUUGUGGCUGCUCGUCGUGGUGCUCUUCGUGCUUGGAGUCUCCAUCGGCACGGCCAUCGUCCCCACCUUCUCUGAAAUUCUCUCCAUGGCCUAUGAGAAUGGCUUCGAAGAGGGUCUGGGUACGUUGGGCCUGGUCUCUGGCCUCUUCUCAAGCCUCAUGUCCUUCGGGAGCUUCGUGGGCCCCACGCUGGGCGGAUUCCUCAACGAGCGAAUCAAGUUCAAGUGGGCGGCCGCCGUGCAGGGACUCUUCCUGCUCGUGGCGGCUUGCAUUAUGUCCACGUAUUACAUCUGUGUGGCCAGAUGCAAGAAAAGACACCGUGAGGCUCAGGAGCGGAACGAGCCUUCGGCCGAUGAGACCAGGCCCCUGCUCUCCGAGACUCCACGCUGAGCCACGACGGAUGGGCAGAGAGAGGGAGGGAGUGGACGCGUGUGGAGGCGGGCAACGGGGAAACGCUUCCACUGCGGGCAGAACGCUGGGACGAGCAGGAAACACGAAUGUGGGAGAGUCGGGCCUUUACGAAAUUUGUAUGAAAUGCAGUCGUGAAAAAGAGUGGAGCCAUGGAAUUUUGUUUUACUCUGCGCAUACCUCCACUAGCUUCAGUCAAUCUCAAGUCCGUUUUCUGUACAAGUGAGACUUAAGGGAAAUACGGUCGUGGUGAAGCGUUUGCUCAUCCCUCCAAAGCGAUUUGAUGAAAUAGAGUUAUUGUUGCACCGUCACUUGUAUUGCUUCUCGUAAUUUUUUCUGCAGUUUGCUGAAUUGCGUUUACUCAGUUUGCCUAAACGGUUAAUUAACGUAUCAAUUACAUAUCGUUUGUAUUAAUAGUAAACGUGGAAUGCUAUUAGUAACAUAUGAUGUGAACGUGAGAGUAUUUUAUUUAUUAAUUGAGAUAUCGUUAAAUGCCCCAUUUCGCGAAAAUAUGCGCAGAACUUGUUACUGUCCUACUUUCCCUGCCUCCUUAACAGUUCAGUUGCAUGUUCAUUCUCGGCGAGUUUAAUGGGGUUUUUUGUUUUUACCUAAUGCUCCACUCUAUUUUUCACGGUGGCCACUUCACCAUCGAAGGCCCAGGAAGACUCGAGAAAAAACAAGCGCUUGUGUCUUCUGAUUUUUACAGCACUUUUAUCGCUCAAUCAUGCCGUAUCAGAGAUGUUGUAGUUUUGUAACAGAGGAAUAAUUAUAGUCGUGGUUUAUCACGAGUGUGGCCAAGAAGGUGGUGCGUGGGUGUGUUGUGUCUUUGGUGUUUGGAAUGGGUGUGUGCACGUCCAGCCGUCUUUAGCAUACGCCCGUUUUGCUGUGCACUUGAGGUGCUAGGGUGGUGAGAUGUUAACUACUUCGCCUGGUAUACAGGUCAUCGGUUCGAUCCUGACCCUAACGCCUGUAUAUUUGGAGUGUGCGUGUUCUCCCCGUGACCGUGUGUAUUUUUCUCCGGGUCCUCCGGUUUUUCCCUCCACAUUUAAAAACAUGCGUUUAAGUGAUAAGCCACUUUGCCGAGCUAUCAUUUGUGGCCAGGUCGAUUCAGUGGGCCUUUCCCAGUAAAAUAAAACGUUCAUUUUUUUC